AUGUUAACUCAACAUGAAUAUGAUAAUGUAUCAUCUCAAAAAAGUUGUUACAGUAGCGACACAAAUGCAACCGUGUCUGUUGUACAAAGAUAUUUAACGACGACAACAACAACAACAAAUGUCAUUCCAUCGACACCAGCACGUCCACCGAAUAUCAAAGUUCAACAAUGUACCAAAGAAUUUCUCGGGAAACAUUUUCAAGAUGCAUACCCUAUGUUUAAAAAUCCUCGUGGCCAAUGUUUAAUUAUCAAUGUAUAUAAUAUUAGUGGAGCUGUACGUCGUUGGUCGGAUUUAGAUGUGAAACUAUUGAGUGAUCUUUUUCGUCAGUUGUAUUUCAAUGUUAUUGUCUAUUCGGAUUUUAAUGGAGAUGAUCUAGGCGCGGAGAAUUUCAUGCGAAUUCUCAAACAAUUUUCUCAAUCAAAAGAACAUGCCAAUGCUCAAUGUUGUGUUAUUUGUUUGAUGAGUCACGGGGAAGAAGGUUCAUUAAGUGUACAAGAUGGGAAAAAGAUCUAUCAUGAUCAUGUUUUUGAUCUAUUCAGUAAUGUUAAUUGUCCUCAUUUAGCUGGCAAACCCAAACUUUUCUUUAUUCAAUGUUGUCGAGACGAUCCCGGGGUUGGUCCAGUUGAUGAUGUUGGUUGUCAUGUUCAAGUACCACCCAACACAUCAUUUGAUGAUUUAGUCUUCGAUGACGAUGACGAAUGUGAUAGUAUGCAACGACAUCAUUUACCGACAAUGACUGAUAUGCUCAUCGCAUUUCCUUCUCAAAAAGGCUUUACGGCGUUUCGUAAGCCACAUGUUGGAAGUUGGUAUAUGAAUGCCCUUGUCGACGUCUUGGCACGACAUGCGAAAGAUACAGAUCUAUGUGCUAUGUUAAAUAUGGUCAAUGGUUGUGUAUCACGUGAAGUGACGAACAAAGGAAAGAAGCAAACAGCUGAAUAUAAAUCAUCGUUUACAAAGAAAGCUUUCUACUUUUUUCCGGGUUUAAUUGGAAAUCCAAUCGCACCUAUUGAUUAUUCAAUUCAUAGUCGAAAUGAUGUGAAACGAAAUGAAAAUGCAAUGAAUCAACUUGAUCAUCAACGUGAUAGUUCAUCGUUUAAUUAUGAAAUUAUUAAAAGGUUUUUUAUUGAAAAUCUUCUUGAUAAAUGGAAGAUUCUUGCACGAGAAUUAGAUGUAAAUGAAAAUGACAUUGAUUCGAUUUCACGUGAAAAUAUUUCGCCGAAAGAAAAAUUUUCACACAUUUUGGAUAUUAUUGCAAAUAAUCGUGAGAAUAACUUCAGUCAAAUACUCUCUGAUAUGUUUAAAAGUCUCAAACAAUGUCGACGAAUGUCCCAUUAUUAUCAACUUCGAGAAAUACUCGCACCAUUUUAUCCUGAUUUACAAUAA